UGGCGUUCAAUACGUUAAGACUACCACGUCUAUAAAAGACGGUGUGCAUCGCAGAAAGUAGUAUAUCAGUAUCUGAUCUCAAGUUCUACACUAUUAUAAUUAUAUCAAAAGGAAGAAAAAGAAGCAUACAUAUCACCAUCCAGAGAGAUGGCAGAUCUGUUCCAUAAACAGGCGAAACAGUAUUCGGAAACUCGUCCCAGUUAUCCCGACGAACUUAUCCAAUUCAUUCGAUCCAAAACACCCGAUCACCACCUUGCUUGGGAUGUCGGGACUGGCAGCGGCCAAGCUGCAACAUCCUUAGCUGGGAUGUACAGGAAUGUGAUAGCUACAGACACCAGCCAAAAGCAACUGGACUUUGCACCCAAGCUGCCCAACGUGCGAUGGAUAUGUACAGCGCCCAACAUGUCCAUGGCCGAGCUCCAGCGCGACGUGGUUGCAGAAGAAGCAAGCGUUGACCUAAUCACCAUUGCUCAAGCCCUCCAUUGGAUUGACCUCCCAACCUUCUACCAGCAAGCGAGGUGGGUACUCAAGAAACCCCAUGGAGUCAUCGCUGCAUGGUGCUACACUGUCCCUCAAGUCAAUGACACCGUCGAUUUGGUCUUCCGACGCUUUUACUCUGAUUCCGAUCCUUACUGGGACCCUGCUCGCAAGUUGGUGGAUGACCAGUACAGAAGCAUCGAUUUCCCCUUUGAGCCAUUGGAUGGAACCGACCACACCGGGCCUUUCCUGUUCAAAACACAGAGAUUGAUGGAUUUGGAUAGGUAUUUUACAUACAUAAGAUCGUGGUCCGCAUAUCAAACAGCUCAAGAAAAGGGUGUUGAACUAUUGAGAGAUGAUGUUAUUGAGGAUUUUAAGCGUGCCUGGACCGAAGACGCCAAUGAUCAAAAGCUUGUCACGUAUCCAGUUCAUCUAAGGAUUGGAAAAGUAGGAAAUUUAAAAUAAAGCAUGCAUCCUUGACCGUGGAGCUACUCUGUUUUUCAUAACAUUGUUGUAUUGUAUCAGCAGAAUCCUCUAUAAAAUUAAUGGAAUUAUUACUUGAUUUAGAAAACAAAA